UUAUGUCUGCGCAAAUGCACGCUGCCAGAGUGUAGUCCAGGACCCCUACUGGAUCCAAACAGUCAGCUUGCCUCAUUCCGAAAUCCGCACCAGGGCGUCUUACUUCAGCUACUCGACGACCGACUAUCCCCAUUCUCCAUUCCCGUUCCUAUCUCGAACUCAAUCCUCACCGGCUCUGUGUCCUUACUGGAUACAGCUUCGUCUUCGUCCUGCAGCACACAUUCCGGUAUUUUUCUCUUUCUUCGUCGGUGGUAUCCAAGCUCUCUCAGCUUUGCAUCUACUUUUGUGGAAUUCGUUAUUCCACUCGGCGUCAACCGUCGUGAUUACUGGUGCACCGCAGUUGAACGAAUUUGUGAAGUUGAUCACAUUCCAUUGGAUCGUUUCCGGUUUACCACGUGUAAAUUCCCUGGUCUUCUACAUUGUCUGGCCAUGGAACCAGAAACUGCCCCAAACGGGAGCAAGAGUCAGGCAUGGAUUUCUAUCUACGCACCAGACUUGGAUCGACUAUUGCCAGUAAAUGGUCAAGUGGUUUUCUUCAAGGAUGCCGCCGAACCAUGCAAGACUCUGACUGCUGAUGAGUUACAAUCCUAUCAGAUCGGAUCCUCUUGACUCACGGUUGCCGAACGUGGAUAUUCCCAAACUCAACGAGAAGCUCUAGCUGUCUAUUGGGCUGACACGCGUAUGCACAAGUAUCUUUGUGGUACUCAUUUCACUAUUCCUUCGAAAUGGACUCCGUGGCCAGUGUCUUCCGAGUCAUGGCAAAGAAUACAUGUGGAUCACGGUGGUCCAUUCUUCAACAUGUCAUACGCAUUGGUGAUCGUCGAUUCCUAUUCCCGUUGGCCGGAAUUGUACUUUAAUACAUCGCCCAGUUCAGAAUUUACUAUUCGAGCACUCAGGAAAACGUUCAGUAGAGAAGGUGUCUCGCACGCUAUCGUGACUGACAAUGGAAGUCACUUUACUGCCAAGAAAGUUAGCAAUUGGUUGAACUCCGUGAGUAUUCGGCAUGUUCUCACUCCACUCCGAUAUCCGCAAUCUAAUGGCGCAGCCGAAAACUUUGUUUGCGCGCUGAAGAGUGCCAUUGCUUCUUUGAAUCCCAGUACAUUCGAUGCAUUGGACACAGGCGUUGAUAACUUUCUAAUGCAAUACCGUAAGGCAGUACAUUCAACGACGGGACACAGUCCAGCAAAGUUGUUUAAGAGUCGAGUACUUCGAAGAAGUCUUCUACACUUAGAGUCUGCGGAAGUCGUGUAUUAUCGUGGUAAUAAUUUACUACCCUCCAGGGUCACUGUACUGGACAAUAUGGGACAAAGAAGGAAUUACAUCCCGGUACAAAUGUCGAAAACAAUACAGAAGAACCCAGAAGAUUUGAACGAUUACUCAACAAAGCCCGCCCUGAUUACAGAAAACCGGAGCUUCAUUGAAGCUGUGGUGGAUGUGGUGAUUGCUCAUGAACUGUGA